GCUUCCGGGACAGGGACCCGCGGCGCGGCAAGGCCUUUUCCUUGGGCGUGGGUGGGGACCUGGACUCCCUGUGGAACGUUUAAGAAAAAGAGAACCGAAUGAGGUUUCGCGAAAGGAAAAAAAAUGUAACUGUGAUCUAGUGCUGUUGGCGGCCGCGAAUGGAGAAACCGCGUGUUCUCGAGGACAAAUUGGAACUCCUCGGCGUUUUAGGUCCCCAACCCGGGAACCCCUCGCACCGCGAAUCUCAGUCCACAGCGGGAGGCGGGUGUGGUCGUUCACCUAUUUGUGCCCGAGGGCUCAGGGAGGCGCUGGCAUGACCCGAGUGGGGGGCAGCAAGCUGGUUAGCGGGAGGGUGAAGGCAGGGGUCUUCCACGACCACCACAAUCACCUGGGUAGGGAUUGAGUCCCGUAAGAACAGUCAGCUGGGGGUGCCAAGGAGGCAGGUGAUGUAUACAAACCUGGAGCCUUAGGAUGGUCCACAGGCUGCGGAGGACCACAGCCAGGACAACGUCCCGGAAAGCCCAAGGGAGACUGCGGCGGAAGGAAGGGGAACCUACAGAGGACCAGGCGAGCAAGCUGUUUCAGGGAGGGAUCCUGGCCUUCUCUGCACACCUGGGCGUCUACAGCCUCCGGCAGCUCUGCCACCGUCCCUCGCCUGUCUUCUGCCUUUACGCAGGCUUUCUAGCAGACAUUGCCAAGGUUCUUCUCCAGGCCUUCAAGGCCCUAGGUUAACUGCACCCUCCAUUUCCCUGCUCUGUCCUCAGCCCCUCCACACUCCAGCUCAGUACGUUGGCACUAACUCUUCCCUCCGAUUGAAAUAUUUUUCCCCCAUUUGACUUCCCUCCACAGGAACAUUAUUCUCCCAUAUACCCGCAGGGCUCUCUCCGUGUCUCUGUUCCAAUGUUCUCCCCUCUUCGCAUACCGUAGGAAGUAAACUGCAAAUAAAACAAACCAGGGUCCCCCCUCUGUCUUGUUCACAGCUGUGUCCCCAAGACCUAAAAUAAGGCCUGGCACCCAAGAGGUGCUAAGUUUCACAACAUUUACUCUGCCUUGUUCAGGGCGCUUUACAUUUGCUUCUUUACUUUCCACACCACCAUGUAAUGUAGAUACUAAUAUUAUUUCCAAUCUUAUUUCACAGAUGAGAAACGAAAGUUGAUAGAUGUCACAAAUAGAAAAGUAUAUACUUAGGUAUAAUGCCCCCUUUAUUUUGCAUAGAUGUUGGUGGCUGCUAUCAUCCUGAUCUGUGCCCCUGUUUAAAACUACUUGAAUAGACAUGGUGCCAACACUGUCUCUCAUAGUCAGAGAUGGGUGAGAAUGGGAGCCAUUACUUAUUUAAAUUCCUGCGGUAGAGCGGAAGGCAGAAGGACAGUUAGGUAUCCGUGUUCCACCGCUUCCCUGUCUGGGCAUGUCCUUCAGGGCACAGUUGGACCCCCAGACCCCUGGGCUUUUGUGUACGCUGGCUGGGCCCAGAGAGAGCUUUCCACUAGAUGUCCCCAGAAGUCAGAACCUUAAGGUCCUCCUUUGGGCAUUUCCGUUUCUGCGAGAGCUUCCCGUGUUCUGGCCUAGGCAGGAACGGAUUGGCAGUCUAGCAACACACAGGGCAAUUUUUACUUUAUUAUUUUAUUGUAUGUAUGUAUGUAUUUAUUUGAGUCGGAGUCUCGCUCUGCUGCCCAGGCUGGAGUGCAGUGGCGCGAUCUCGGUUCACUGCAACCUCCGCCUCUCAGGUUCAAGGGAUUCUCCUGCCUCAGCCUCCCGAGUAGCUGGGAUUACAGGCACCCCCCACCACGCCUGGCUAAUUUUAAUUUUAUUUAUUUAUUUAUUUGGAAAGAGGUUGCAUCAUGUUGGCCAGGCUAGUCUUGAACUCCUGACCUCAAGUGAUCCACCCGCCUCGGCCUCUCAAAGUGGUAGGAUUACAGGCAUGAGCCACCGCGCACGGGAAAAGGGGACCAAUUUUUAGCUCAUCCAGAGUAACCCUCUCCUGCCUUAGUCCAGCCUGGACUAAGUCCUUCCGGAGUUGGUGUGCAUCAGAACAAAAACCUCGUGAGGGGAGAACACCCUCCGGAAGCACAGUUUUAAAGUUUAUUUUUAACAUUUUAAUACUCUACUUUUUAAAUUGCCCAUCGUUACCCACGAUAGUGAAAUGAAAAUUAAGCUCCCCUGGGGUUGCCCCGUCAACCCUCCCCGCACCAAGUGGAACAGGCGGAGCUCGAGCUAUGCCACAUAGGGGCGGGGAAGCAGCCAGGCGGUCCUCACGGGAAUGUGCCGUACACUUCACCUCUUUCGCUUCUCGCUCUACAUCAUCCGUGAGAAGCCUUUUUAAACACUUGAAUGUGCUUGUUUCAGAGUGUAUUUGUAAAGUGCAGUCAGAUUUUGUUGUACGGAAGACGGGACUGUGAUGCCGUGCAAUUUCCCUCUGCCUUUUGCAUUACAUGGCGCCGCCAUCUUGAGCAGAAAUGUAUCAUGGGGCUCGCCAUUUUGCAUGGUCGAGCGGGUAUUUCCGGUUCCGGCGGGGGGCUUUUCUCUCUCUCUUUCACUGCAAGGCGGCGGCAGGAGCGGUUGUGGUGCUGGUUUCUCUAAGCCAUCCAGUGCCAUCCUCGUCGCUGCAGCGACACACGCGCUCGCCGCCGCCAUGACUGAGCAGAUGACCCUUCGUGGCACCCUCAAGGGCCACAACGGCUGGGUAACCCAGAUCGCUACUACACCGCAGUUCCCGGACAUGAUCCUCUCCGCCUCUCGAGAUAAAACCAUCAUCAUGUGGAAGCUGACCAGGGAUGAGACCAACUAUGGAAUUCCACAGCGUGCUCUGCGGGGUCACUCCCACUUUGUUAGUGAUGUGGUUAUCUCCUCAGAUGGCCAGUUUGCCCUCUCAGGCUCCUGGGAUGGAACCCUGCGCCUCUGGGAUCUCACAACGGGCACCACCACGAGGCGAUUUGUGGGCCAUACCAAGGAUGUGCUGAGUGUGGCCUUCUCCUCUGACAACCGGCAGAUUGUCUCUGGAUCUCGAGAUAAAACCAUCAAGCUAUGGAAUACCCUGGGUGUGUGCAAAUACACUGUCCAGGAUGAGAGCCACUCAGAGUGGGUGUCUUGUGUCCGCUUCUCGCCCAACAGCAGCAACCCUAUCAUCGUCUCCUGUGGCUGGGACAAGCUGGUCAAGGUAUGGAACCUGGCUAACUGCAAGCUGAAGACCAACCACAUUGGCCACACAGGCUAUCUGAACACGGUGACUGUCUCUCCAGAUGGAUCCCUCUGUGCUUCUGGAGGCAAGGAUGGCCAGGCCAUGUUAUGGGAUCUCAACGAAGGCAAACACCUUUACACGCUAGAUGGUGGGGACAUCAUCAACGCCCUGUGCUUCAGCCCUAACCGCUACUGGCUGUGUGCUGCCACAGGCCCCAGCAUCAAGAUCUGGGAUUUAGAGGGAAAGAUCAUUGUAGAUGAACUGAAGCAAGAAGUUAUCAGUACCAGCAGCAAGGCAGAACCACCCCAGUGCACCUCCCUGGCCUGGUCUGCUGAUGGCCAGACUCUGUUUGCUGGCUACACAGACAAUCUGGUGCGAGUGUGGCAGGUGACCAUUGGCACACGCUAGAAGUUUAUGGCAGAGCUUUACAAAUAAAUUUUUAAAAAACUGGC